AUGAAAUCCAGAAAGGAUGAUAAAGAAGGGAAAGACAGGGGAGCCGGCAAACAUUGUGCCUUACCGACUUGGACUGCUCUCCAGUUUUUUGACAUUUCCCCAUCCUUCGAAACAACGGCGGGAGUCUACCCCCAGUUUACCUGUUCUGGUCUCCUUGCAGUUCCCAUCCAUAAGCAGCGUCGACUGCGAGAUGGUAUAUCUGCUGGUGUGAACCCUCUGUGGAGGGGUGCUAGAAAAGGUGCAGGGGCAGCGGCGAUCUCUCCUCCCAAGAGCUGGUUCAAAGGAGCAGGGUCUAACCUGGCCACUGGUCAGGAUGAUACGGUAUCUUCCACAACAAUUCAGUAUCUUAUUCAAUUCGAAACCGAUUAUAAUCAGCGGGAGGCUCGGGAGGGGAAUUUUAAAGGUUGGAACCGGGAGUGCAUCAUCAUCUCUCCAUCGUCUAGUCCACCCAUCAGUUGUGACGCCAGGACACGUAAUCGUCCCCAAGGUCGUCGUGUACCUACUCGAAAAAUUACUAGCAUCAAUAGGAAAAAUGGCAUCUCUAGCUAG